AAAAAAGUUUUGCGCCCUGUAGCCUUUAUAUCAACCUGAAGUCAAGUAUCGAGCAGAGCAGGCAGACAGCACCACCACCAUCACCACCAAAAAACUUAAUCAUUUGAAAGAUGGAGCCCAUCAGGCGGAGGGAGUCUGUUUGCAGGGCCUUAUUUGGCCCGGUGGACCACAACCAGCUGCGUCGGGACUUGAAGCUGAAGCUUAAGGAGAUCAUUGAGCAGGACAGCCGGCGCUGGAAUUUUAACUUCGAGUGUGAAACCCCGCUGCCCGGCCGGUUUCAGUGGGAUGAAGUACCUGUAGUCUGCACUACGGCUGAGCCCGCACGGCCGAAGGACGAUCCCCACGGUUCAAGUAGCGACAGGCCGAGCGACGGCGAAGACGGCGCAGGGGCCGACCAGGAGAACUGCUCCAACAUCACCAACAAGCGCAAGAGUCCCGCUGAAAAGACGCUCCACAGGAGGAAGAGGACGCUCUCCAAACCGGCAGCCAGUCACAAGUACAAUGCACGGAUCACAGAUUAUUUUGCAAAGAGAAGGAGGACAACAACCACCAAGAGCAUCCCGAAUCAUUUUCACGUCGGUUCUCAUGAAGCAGCUCUGCGCAAGACUUUAAGAUGAACAUGCAGCUGAAAAUGGCUAUUUAUGUUUUCAUGGACUUUAUGGAGCCCUGUUCCCCACAACAAAUUAUUUUAUUUUAUUUUAUUUUAUUUUAUUGUAUGUUGGUGGAUUUUAUU